AUGAUUCUAGGUGAAAGAACAAAAUCGAGUAGGAAACUUACUUUCCUAUAUUUAGCAAACGAUGUCAUCCAGAACAGUAAGAGGAAAGGUCCUGAAUUUACCAGGGAAUUUGAAUCUGUUCUUGUGGAUGCUUUUUCUCAUGUUGCCAGAGAAGCAGAUGAGGGCUGCAAAAAGCCCUUGGAACGAUUGCUUAACAUCUGGCAAGAAAGGAGCGUGUAUGGCAGUGAGUUCAUACAGCAGCUGAAGCUUUCUAUGGAAGACUCCAAUAGCCCCCAAACGAAAGUUGCAGAGGAGAAGAAGUCUUUAAAGCGGACUUUUCAGCAAAUACAAGAGGAGGAAGAUGAUGAUUACCCCGGGAGCUACUCACCCCAAGACCCUAGUGCUGGGCCGCUGCUGACCGAGGAUUUGAUCAAAGCCCUUCAAGACCUGGAAAAUGCAGCGUCAGGAGAUGCAACGGUGCGGCAAAAAAUUGCCUCCCUGCCUCAGGAAGUUCAAGAUGUUUCAUUACUGGAGAAAAUUACAGACAAAGAGGCAGCGGAACGGCUGUCGAAGACGGUGGACGAAGCAUGCCUGUUACUAGCAGAGUACAAUGGCCGGCUGGCGGCAGAGCUGGAGGACCGGCGCCAGCUGGCACGCAUGCUGAUCGAGUACACCCAGAACCAGAAGGAUGUACUGACAGAGAAGGAGAAGAAGCUAGAAGAAUACAAACAGAAGCUUGCUCGGGUAACCCAGGUCCGCAAGGAGCUGAAAUCCCACAUCCAGAGCCUUCCAGAUCUGUCCCUGCUGCCCAAUGUCACAGGAGGUCUGGCACCUCUGCCAUCUGCUGGGGACCUGUUUUCAACAGACUAGAGCAAGCGGUGUCCCCCAGCUUCCAUUAUUACCAGCAGAAGUAAGACGACUCUGGUGUUGACUGGAGAUCCAGUCUUCCGAGAUCUACAGUAGCAAGGAACUUGCAGACCCCGCUUUCAGCCUCUUGGCUGCUCGUGUCCCCCUCUCUCUGCACACUGGCUCGCGUCGGGGGGAGGAAAGAGCGAGUGUUGUGAGCUCUAGAGGGAGUGGGGCUAGUCCAUAUAGCAAACUUUUCUCAUAUGUUUCCAUACUCUUUUAGUUGCUGUUUGCUCUUAGCACUUGUUACCCCCACAAAAGUCAUGAGAAUCAUGUACAUACCUACCUGGAAAGUUUUCAAAGACAGGUUGACCAUAUAACAUUUUUCUCUGUAUAAGUAUUGUAUUAUUUCUGUAU